AUCUACUGCAGAGCGGAGAGACAGCCGGUGCUACUACUACCGGCCAACAAAGAGACACUCACCGGCUACUAGUGAUCCGUUGAAUACAUGAUAAAGUGACGAGGAACGCAGCGGAGGAUUUCUACGUGACAUUGCUUCUUUGAUCGGCUUUUUUGGUUUAUAGCCGUCUUAGGCGUACUGCGAUCGUGUUGCCAUGGAGCUCGAGCACUUCGACGAGCGGGACAAGGCGCAGAGGUCCACCCGGAGGGGUUCGCGGGGCACCGGGCUCCCCAGUCCCACACACAGCGCGCACUGCAGCCUGUACCGGACCCGCACCCUGCGCACGCUCAGUUCUGAAAAGAAGGCCAAGAAGGUCCGUUUCUACCGCAACGGGGACCGCUACUUCAACGGGAUCGUUUACGCCAUCUCCCAGGAGCGGUUUGGCUCGCUGGACGCCCUUCUGGCCGACCUGACCCGAGCUCUGUCCGACAACGUGAACCUCCCCCAGGGUGUGCGGACCAUCUACUCCAUAGAUGGGACGACGAAAAUCACAAGCAUGGAACAGUUGGUCGAGGGGGAGAGCUACGUGUGUGGCUCCAUCGAGCCCUACAAGCUGGUCGACUACACCAAGAACGUCAACCCCAACUGGGCGGUGGGCGCAAAGACGGCCGCGUCGGCGCGCUCCCCGGCCCCGCUGUGCACCAGCGUCGCCAAGCUGGGCCCGGCGCCCGAGAGCCGCGACUACAUCCGGCCCAAGCUGGUGACCAUCGUCCGGAGCGGGGUGAAGCCGCGCAAGGCGGUGCGCAUCCUGCUCAACAAGAAGACGGCGCACUCCUUCGACCAGGUGAUGACGGACAUCACCGACGCCGUCAAGUUGGACUCGGGCGUCGUCAAGAAGCUGUACACCGUGGACGGGAAGCUGGUGAGCUGUCUCCAGGAUUUCUUCGGGGAUGAAGAUAUCUUCAUCGCCUGUGGGCCGGAGAAGUUUCGUUACCAGGACGAUCUUCUGCUUGAGCACAGUGAGUGCAGGGUGGCCAAGUCCUCGUCGUAUGGUCGGAUCUCUCCGCUGCUGGGUCGAAGCCUGCCUAGAGGUGGGGUCGCAUCCCUCCGAAGAUCCCCCUCCUCCAUCAGCUCCGCCAAUGGAACAGCAGGAAGCCAGCUGUCUACGCCGAGAUCCGGGAAGUCUCCAAGUCCGUCUCCAACCAGCCCUGCUAGCCUACGACGACGACGGAGCUCUCAGCAAGGUGGCUCCUCCCUCUCUCUGGCCUCCACCAGGGUAUGUGACUCCCUGGACGACUGGGACACCCCCCAGAGCGAUGCUGAUGGGGCAGAUGGCUCCGCCCACAUCCCUCCCUCCAUGGCUGAGCGCUACAGAGUGGGCCGGACACUGGGGGGCGGGGCCUUCGCUGUGGUGAAGGAGUGUGUGGAGAGGUCGACAGGCCGAGAGUUCGCUCUCAAGGUCAUCAACAAAGACAAGUGUAUAGGGAAGGAACACAUGGUCCAGAGUGAGCUAUCCAUCCUGCGGAGGAUCAAACAUCCCAACAUCGUUCUGCUCAUCGAGGAGAUGGACACCCCAAAUGAACUCUAUCUUGUCAUGGAGCUAGUUAAGGGGGGCGACCUGUUUGACGCCGUCUCCUCCUCUAGUAAGUACACGGAGCGAGACGCCGCCUGCAUGCUGUUCAACCUGGCCAGCGCCAUCAAGUACCUCCACGGCCUGAACAUCGUCCACCGAGACAUCAAGCCAGAGAACCUGCUGGUGUACGAGCACCUGGACAGCAGCCGCUCUCUGAAGCUGGGAGACUUCGGCCUGGCUACCAUGGUGACCGGCCCGCUGUAUGCCGUCUGCGGCACGCCCACCUACGUAGCGCCGGAGGUCCUCGAUGAGACCGGUUACGGCCUGGAGGUUGAUGUGUGGGCUGCUGGGGUUGUAGCUUACAUCCUGCUGUGUGGCUUCCCUCCCUUCCAAGGGAGCGGGGACAACCAGGAGGUUCUGUUUGAGCAGAUACAGAGCGGCCAUCUUGAAUUUCCCUCUCCCUCCUGGGACGGCGUCUCGGAUGCUGCCAUGGAUCUGGUUGGUGGGAUGCUGGAGAGGGGGCGGGGCCAGAGGUUCACACCUGUGCAGGUGCUAGAACACCACUGGGUCAAGGACGAACGCUUGCCAGAGAAUGAGCCCCACCUCUCCAUCGCUGGGAGGAUCAGGAAGCAUUUCAACACAAGGACCAGAACCACUAGCACCUCCGCUGGAGUGGCCGUGAUCACUAGCACCCCAUUGGAUAAGGAGAAGCAGGGCAUACGGCGGAGGCGUGGCUCUCAGGACACCAGGCGGGCGGGGCCACGGGGGCCGUCCAACCAGCUGCCGCGCGCCGAGUCAGAGGACCCCCCACCGGGGGCCGCGGACAACGCCCACUCCAACGCCUCGCUCUUCUAGGCUCCCCGCCUUCUAGAAUCCAAUGGUACCCCCACCUCGUCCCUCUGCUAGACACCCCCCGCCCAACUCGAACCCCCACUUCCACCACCACCAACCACCACCUCAUAGAACCCCACCCCCCC